GCUUUAUUGACACGAUCUUGUCAACCCGUCACCUCGAGUCAGUCACCAUAAUGUCAAAGAAAUUGUAAAAACAUGGAAAUAUUGGGAAAUGGUAAAUUGUGAGUGAUGUCGAUAUUACAGCAUCGCCGGCUCCGCGCCCGCUGACGCAUGGCGAAGACUGUCAGCUUCAAUGCCAACUGUAACCUGAGUGACUCAUACUUGGAGGACGCUGCCAAAUGGCUGAGCUGCAACGGCGAGGUGUGGGGCGUGGGGCCGACGGCCCUGUUUGCGGCUGCAGCGGCGCUGUUCUUGCAUCACGAGCUGCAGGCCUCGCUGUUUGGCCCUGGAGACCACCCGAAUGUGACAUUGCUGGAACAUAUCCUCGUGACCGCCAUGGUGGUGGGAACGCUGGCACUGAUGGUGCACAUCUGGGUGUGUCUGAUGCGGUUCUUCCAGUACUACCUCGACACCCUCAUUAGAGAUAGCCCCAAUGUCCUACUGGAGAUGACGACGGCGGGCUUACUGGGAUCCUCGCAGCCGGAACUGGCUGCACUCGGCCCGCUGACCCGGUUCCUGCGGCAGCAGCAGCCCCAGAUCCACAUCACGCUCUGCUGGCUGCUGGCGCUGUGCUACGCCGACUACAUCAGGAAGCACUACUGCACUAGAUUCAAUAUGCCGUAUUUGGAACAGUGGCAAGGGGAACUGCACGCGAUGGCGGAACGGCGCGCUCGCGGCGCUCUGUCGGCAGCGCACAGUUUCGCAGCGGGAGUGCGCUUGCGGCUCCGGGGCCUUGCACCACCGCCACCGACUAACGAGGCCCAUACUGUCACGUCGGACAAGGGGUCGCGGAAUGCCCUCAACAGGUGCGGCAGCUCGGCGUUGGGAGGCCGCUGCCGAGCCAGCGAGGCCGAGGUUUGCACGCACAACGCAUCAAGUACAGCCAUCGACACCGAAGACUUGCAGAAGCUUAGAGCGUACAUCAAGGCCACGCGGUGUUCGUGCGGCGGCGGGACGAGUGGUACACGAACAUGUUCAGUCACACCGAUACCUACGCCACCUUCACCCGCGUCUGAAGUGCAGUCAGUCAGCCAGUCGUGUGGCGGCCGAACCAACACUACAGUGUCCUUCGCACAAUCUCUCGAGCGGAGACGAAGCAGCGUAUGGUAACAGAAGUGUGUCCAUUGCACAAACAAGUACAGCCACGCCGGUUCCGACGUCGCUCGCGACAGAUACCCAGUUGUCCGCAAGGCGCACGACCCUGCACUGCGGUGUCCGUGGAACAUGCAUCGGCUAAGCGGAGACGGAACAGUAUAUUGUGGACCGAGAUUAAAACGACCCUUGCUAUUUAUUAUAAAUAAAUUUAUAAGAGCUGGCACGAGAUUUGUGCUGAACUGUCAACAUUUUCAUAGAAAAACCGCUCCAGGUUUCGUGACCUUUAGGAGCGGCAGUAGAUCUGGCUUGCUUGGCUGCUUCUGGUGUUGAUUGCAUGAGGUAGACUAUUGCAGAGUAUGAAGGUUUAAUCUUAUUGAAUCAGGUGCUCUCAUUUCCUCGAAGACCUUUUACGAGUAUGUAAUAAUUUUUAAUGAUUAUCAAGCUGUUUAGGAUAUAUUUUUAUACGUUUUCCGUCAUGUAUCAUACUAAAAAACGUCAUUCCCACGACAAAAACAUGUUCGUAAGUAAGUAGAUAAGUCGAUAUAAAACUACUUGCUUGAAGGCACGAAAGGUCAAUUUAUUCAAUAUGAUUUUGAACGUUCUUGGUGUCCAAAUGUUCUUAUGGUUUGUAGAUACUCGAAUCGAAAUGAGAUUUGGUUGUUUGAUAAGGAUCUGCGGUCUCUGGUAAGCUAUUAAAUUUGUAUUUAGUAAUAACUAUUAGGUGAAUUAAUAAAUGAUACACGGUAUAUGACCAAA